UCUAAAAAUUGUUCCCUCCCAUUUGAUACGGUUAAAUGUAGACAAAUCCUUUCAUAAUGCAGCUUCAAACGUCUGCUGUGUCAAGAGGAAAAAAACAAAAUGCUGACAAUUUUUUAUAUACUGCUCCUGAUCGAUUUUGGGCGAUGCUCAGAUCAUCAGAUCUUUGACGCCAAAAAUGUUGCUGUUGGGCAAAAUGUGACUCUAAAUUGUUCCCGGGAUCACCGUUGGCUUUUAACAAACUUAUUUUGGAUCAGACUUGUUUCUCAGAGCUUUCCUGAAGUUUUAGGAUCAACAAUAUCUCAUAAUCUCAAUAUCUCUCCGACUAUUGAAAAGACUCAUCAUAUUACAACAAAACAAGAGCCUGGAACUUUUGUUCUACAUAUCAACAGAGCACAGUUAAGUGAUACAGCUGUUUAUUAUUGCAUCAAAGUAAGAGAGCGCAAGAUGACAUUUUUGAAAGGAACUUUUCUUAGAGUCAAAGGACCUGACCCAGGCAUCACUGGUGUCACUCAAGACUUUUUGUCUAAUCCAGUCCAUCCAGGAGACCCAGUAACUCUGCAGUGUUCAGUCCUCUCUAAUUCUGAGAACAGAACAUGUACAGAAGAUGACCGUGUGUACUGGUACAGAGCCAAACCAGAUGAAUCUCAUCCUAGUUUAAUUUAUAGUCAAGGACACAAUAGUUAUGACUGUGAGUGGAGUCCUGAGGCUCCGUCCCAACAGAAAUGUGUCUACAGCUUCUCCAGGAAUGUCAGCUUGUCUGAUACAGGAACUUAUUACUGUGCUGUGGCCACAUGUGGAGAGAUACUGUUUGGAAAUGGAACAAAACUCGAUAUCAAAGUUCCAGUUGUCCAUCAUUGGGAUUUGCAGAAGACCAACACCGUUGUCUUUCUGCUAUGUGUUGCUCUCAGCAUAAACCUGAUUGUUAUAGCCUUCCUCAUUUAUACCAUCAAAGAAAAAAACAAAACCUCCGCUGCUUUUUCUGUACAAACAAAUACAGAAACAACUAGGGAAGAACAACAAAUUCAGCAAAGACAUGAGGACUCAUUGGCUUAUGCUGCACCAACUUUUACCAAGAGAAACACUCGCAAAGCAGAGAGAAGGAAUGCAAGAGCAACGGAGAAGAUUUGUAUUUACUCUGAUGUCAGAGCUUCUGAGUGUGGAAAAAGUGAUGCUUAAGCAAAGCUUGUAUCUCCCUGGGCCAUCAACUAAUACACUAUGUGGCAACUAAUGUGUUAUGUAUGUAUUUGUGAAAACUGUAUAUAAAAUAUGAAUAAUUGAAUUGGCUUACCUUUAAUAACUGAAGAUAAUUCAAUGAAAAAAAAAAAAGUCUGCUUGGGACUGAUAUUUAAUAUUGGCAUGCCCAAACAUUACAUACUGAGUCUGGAUAUUUGAAAUGGAAAAGAAAAACAUUUGAAUUAUGAAUAUGUGAAAGUAAGUAUGUCUUCAGACAUGAAAUUUGGUCUGGAACAUCUACAAGACAUCAAAUCUUUGAAUUUAGUGUGUUUUAAUUUAAUGUCCCAUUUUCUUCACUCUUUCUGUUUUGCUUUUUGACCACUGUAAUAUAAAUACAGAAAUCUGAACAGAAACAUCUCAAAUGCUAUUUUGUUGUGUGAGCUCUUUGUAUAUUUCAGCUGUUUAUGUCAGGUGUUUAGAUAAUAGCUAUGUGUCUGUUUGAACCUGUUUACUUUUUGAUUAAACAUUUUCUCUAUCAGCUUGCAUGAAAUACUUUUGUGUCUGUUCAUUAGGAUUAUGUAAAAUUUUUAAUAAAACACUCAUAUGAUA